CGUCUAGCAGAAUGCAUCCAACAUGGCUCCGACGUUGAUGUGUUAACGGAAACCUCCGAGCAGAACAUCGAUGACGCUAUCAAACACGGACAUUCAAAGACCAUCAGCUUCUUGCUUAGUAUCGGCCUCCAAGUUGGUACAGCGGACGAGAAUUCACCGGCUGCGUUGAAGUAUGGCCGGCUGCUCAUUCCCACCAGCAACUAUCGGUGGAAGGAUAAUCCUUCAUACCAUCUCGCAGUCGUGUCUUUCCUCACUAAGAAAGCGAACAUCAACAUCAAUGCUGUCGAUUGCCAAGGUAACACCAUAAUUCAUUUCGCAGUUCAAUUAGACAAUAUGCCGCUUCUCCAAGCACUACUCAAGGAACAUCCCGACACCAGCCUUCCUAAUCAAAACGGCCAUACAGCAUUGCAGCUAGCCAUCGAAGCAGAACUGCCCGACGCUCUUACCCUACUACAAUCUCAGAAUCACAAACGGAGGGAAUAUCCUCUCGAUCAUAAGCCAGUAUUGUGA